AUGCAAUAUUCCUCCUUGGUAAUGACACUACGCCCAGUGAUGCCUGUGAUAGAGUGUCGGCUAUACAUACUCCAGGCUCGCCCUUUAGGCAUGACAAAGGAAGGUCGUGCAUGUUGGUUGAUGAUUCAUGCAUUGGAGGGCGAUGUGAAAGUACAGCAGGGGAUGAUGGUUAGUGUGCAAUGUGGGCAGGAUAUCUUGCAAGGCGAGGUGGGGCAGGUUUUAGUAAAGACAGAUGUGUGGGUUGUUUUUGAGGUGGCUUUGUGUGAUGGUCAGAUGUGGCAGUUAAAUGCUCCGGCUGUAUGGGCUAGUACAGGGUUUCCGGAGGCUAAGCCUUAUUGGGCUUCCGAACCAGUGAUGCUGUCAUCUGCUAACGGGUCCACGUAG